AUGUCGCUCGCUGAUUAUUUACAAUUGGUUCAAGAUGCCAUUCAAACAGAUACGCUACACAUUGCACUCUCAGUGAACCCUACUACGCAACAUCUUGCUCCAUUGCAGAAGAAUUUACAAAACUACUCGAACAGCCACAUCAUGAGUGAGAUAGAGAAGGCUUCAUUCUUCGGCGGAGACUGGCCGUCAUUCGAAACACUCGUUCAAAGCUACCUCAUCUUUGUCCGCGACUUUGAUCCAUGGUCGCUGCAAAAAUCGAUAGACCUUCUCAUUAAAUUUUACGAGAGCUUGAGCGUUGCACUCAAUAACACCCAGAACGCCAAACUGUUGAGACUGGUGCAAGAAUCGACCACUAGCAUUGUCCGCCUCGCCAAAUUGGUGGACGAGAAGCUAAUGAGUAUCAAUGGACGGACCAACGACUAUCCUCGCUUAUCAUACAUGACGACGUUGCUGCUGAAAAGUCUGAACAACAUAAGAAACGAUCCAGAGCUGAAUAUUCCCUCCAAGAGGUACAAAAUCUCGAUUUUAAUGUUUCUCAGCAUUACACUUUGCCAGACCUACAUGUACAUAGACUCUGUGAUGCUGUGCAACAACGUUUUCUCCAACAUCAACAUUCUGGCACUCGAUAAGAGCCUCAUCUCGCGCAAGCAACUAAUACAAUAUAGAUUUGUGCUGGGCAAAUUCCACCUGCUCCAGAGCAACUACUAUGUCGCAUACCACCAUUUUUAUUGGUGCUUCAAAAAUUGUCACCAACAGGCCCCGUUGAAGAAUAUACUGCUGAUUCUCAAGUAUUUGCUGCCGUCGGGACUGCUAGUGGGAAAAUGUCCCAACUUGCAGUAUUUGGAGGCUCAGCUGGGAAACCAUGAACUUUUACAAUUGUAUCGUCCAUUGAUCCAGUGCUACAAAAAUGGAGAUUUAUUUGGAUUUUCGAAAAUGGUAGCAGAAAAGCAAGAAUAUUUCAUUAAACUCGGAAUAUUAGUAGGAUUCCUGCAACGGGUAAGGAUUUUGGUGCUCAGAAAUCUCGUGCUAAGAACGUACAAGCUACAGGGGGGGCUGAGUUUCGAGUCUGUACGGAAGGCACUAGAAGUGUCACUGAGCCCAGAAGCAAUGAAGAACGAGUUUGCUGCAAGAGAUGAAUGGUUUUACACAGUUCUCAAUAAGGGUCUAGAUGAGACGUUCGUCGAAACAUUGUUGAUGUCGCUGAUAGAUGCAAAUUUGCUUAAAGCGAAACUCACUCCUUCAAGAACAAUAAUCAUGAGUAAAACAGGGUUGUUCCCAGCCGCGUACUCGAUGUACGAGAAAGGCAUAAAGAGAAACGACAGGGAAAAGUGGCUCGACUGA